GCGCCGCGCCGUAGCCGUCGCCAUGGAGACGGGCCUAGCGGCCUGACCCAGGCCAGCGCACGGGAGGCGCUUGGAGCCACCGGCCUGGCCCUGAGCGCGCCCCGCGGGAUGAGGCAGGAGCGGGGUGCCCAGAGCCGCCUUUCACUGCGGGGAAAAGAAAUCUCUCAUGAAAAUAAUCGAGGGUCAGCUUUUUGACUUUUUCUGAAGUCAGACAACUGCAAGUGUAAUGAACAUCUGCAACAAACCUCCUAAUAAGACAGCUCCAGAAAAGGAGGGUGAAGCAACUGUUGAAGUCCAAUCUCAGCACACCCGAAGGAAUGGCUGGAGCUGGCCUCUACAUCCCUUCCAGAUUAUUGCCUGGUUGUUAUAUCUCUUCUUUGCUCUGAUUGGUUUUGGAAUUCUUGUGCCUCUCUUGCCUCACCACUGGGUGCCUGCUGGAUACAUUUGUCCAGGAGUGUUUUUUAUCUGCCACCUAGUGGUUCAUUUCACUGCAGUCUCCAUUGAUCCAGCUGAUGCCAAUGUGCGGGAGAAUAAGUACCUAGGGCAGCUGGCCACUUUCAGCCGUACCCAACAUGCUCAUGUCAUUGAAAACCGUCACUGCCAUGUCUGUGAUGUGGAUGUAAGCUCCAAGUCGAAACACUGUGGAACCUGCAACAAGUGUGUCUGUGGCUUUGAUCAUCAUUGCAAAUGGCUCAAUAACUGCGUGGGGGAAAGGAACUACUGGCUCUUUUUGAACAGCGUGGUAUCUGCCAUCCUAGGCCUCGUCCUCCUGUUGCUCAUUGCAUUCUAUGUCUUUGUGGAGUUCUUCGUUAACCCCAUGAUGCUGCGCACCAACCAGCACUUUGAAGUAUUAAAGAACGACACGGACAUCUGGUUUGUGUUUCUACCUGCAGCUCCCAUCGAGACCCAAGCUCCUGCCAUUUUGGUCUUAGCUGGGAUUCUCAUUCUUCUGGGCCUGCUGACUGUGAUCCUGUUAGGUCACCUGCUGAUCUUUCACAUCUAUCUUAUGUGGAACAAAUUGACCACCUAUGAGUACAUUGUGCAGCAGCGUCCCCGACAAGAGAUGAAGGAGGUCAACAAACAGCUGGAGUCUUGUCCUCCCCCGGUGAGGCCCACUCAGCCUUUCAAAGUUCUGUGUCCACAACGAUGGAGCAGACCCUGUGCUCAACUCUUCUCCUGAGCUCCCAGCUCUUCAGUCCAUAGUCCACCCCCAGCAGCAGAAGAAGCGGAAGAAGAAAAAGGUGCGUAAGGUUCCACCCUCAGUCGUGGAUGAAAGGUCCAAGACAAGCAGUCAGCCCAGACGCCCUCUCCCAGCUACCCAACCAGAAUUUUCAGCCACUGCUGCCAUCUCAUCAUCCUCCCACAGCCUUCAUCUCCCUAUGCCAGCUUUCCCUCACAGAGUUCCCAGGCCUGCAAGCAGCAUUGGCCAUGUCCAGGCAGCUGGACCUCCUGUUGAAUACCACUCAGAGUCUGCAGAGUCCAUGGAUGAGAUCCCUGUGGCUCAGACCCGCCUGGGGAGCGCUGCCCCUACGGGGGCUUCCAACAAAAGCCUUAACAACUUUCACCAUCAUUCCUUGUCCACAGCCCAUGCCAGAGGUGAUGGGGAGAAGAAUCUAUAUUCUGGGCACCUGGUACAAUGGAAAAGCUGCCAGAGAGCCAGUGAUGGGGAACAAGAGCUGGAACUGCUCUCUAAGAUACCUGCUGUGUUUGUGAGUGAGAGCAGUGGUGAGCCUCCAGUCCCACCUGGUGAGAUAGUAUCCAAGCCCCAUCACAGGAAGUGCACUAGCAAACAGCAUGUGGAUGAGCAGGACCCACACUUGUGGGACAUGAGGACAAACACAAGAGCAGCUUAGGCAUCCGCCUUCCAAAGCUUACUUUCCAGGAUUUUGUCUUCAAGGGAAGGGAAAGGAGGUUGCUCACUCUACAAAUAUGUUGGUGUCCAAAGAUGUUGAUUCCAGUGACUCACCUUAUUCCAUGGAGUCAACUGAGUUCAGAUUCUUUGAUGGAAAGAUUCUUCUUUCCAGCAGACCAAGCCGCAGAGCAGAAGGAGACCUGUUGUGCCACCUUCCUGACUACUGCCUGCUUCAAGAUCAGCAGCAUGUGCAUCAGAGCAGGGUGAGAUGUUAGCAACUCAGCUUCCUUCCCAUUACCCUGGGGAAGCAGUGGGUGUCGUUGGGGCACAGACUGUAAUAUGGGGACUUCAGGUGUUCCCCAAUAUACUGGAGAGCCCACGCCCAAACUGUGGUCACCACCAGACUGCAAUGAGACAUUUAUUGCUGCCACACCAGAGGCAAGAACUACCACGGUGACAGCUCAGAGAAUUCUGCUUACCUUGGCACAUUACUAUGGAGUACUAUGGAAAUCUGCUUCCCCUAGGCAGAAGGACACUACCUCUCCAACUGAAACGUGUGCUGAAUCCACCAACAUCCUGGCCUUCUGGAAAGUUCUUCUCCGUUAAUGUUGUUAGAUGGAGUAUGUGUGAAAGAGGGGUGCAUUGAGCCCAGAUCUCUGAGGAUUGCUUUCUCACCAUCUCUGUGCAUUGGCUUACCUUGCAAAGAACCUGGAUUGGGAUGGUUUGACCCCUCAGAGGGUUGAGUGACCCAUAUGUGCUAGCCACCGAAAUUAACAUGCUUAAAUCUCCAAGAGGUGAUUCCUAUGGUCUCAGUCCAGAAUGCAGUUUCCCUCUUUUAUACUGCCCAUUAGUAACAUGGGUCUUUGAGCAUGAUGGGCAGCACAUGUGUUCGUGUGUGAGCAAUAUCUGUAGGGCACUCAGCCUGAAAGCAGGGAUAGAGCCAUCAUACCACUGGUGUAUCACUGCUAGGUAAUGCCCUUGUAGUGUUCUUUCCACUUCUCUCAUCUGUCAUUGUCUGUAUCUGUCAUCUAGAUGAAAUUCACCUUGUGCAAACUCUGUGCUUGAAAUGAUCAGAAGGCUGAUUACUCCCAUUGGCUUGGAAAGGGCUGGAAAAUUCUCUCAAACAGUAGCCACUGAAUCACAACUUAUUCUUUAAUGUUCCCUCCUCAUGCAGCAAUAUUCUGAGUCUUGUUGUGUGGAGCUCCAUAAUCAGCUCUGUCCGCAAUAAAAUUUUCUAUGACCUUUGCUA